AUGAAACUUGGUGCCUUGUCCAAUCUCGUCAAACAGCAAAAGCUGCAACAAGCAGUAAAAACAUUCCGACAAGAAGAAAUCGAAGGAUCAUCUUCCAAUGAAAACACCACAAAAAGUCUCCUUUUUGAUAUUGGUACCUUUUCAUUGAGAGCUGGAUUAUUGUCAAGUAAUAGUAUUACUGAACCACAAAUUCCAGAUUUUCAUUCUUGGGUGUAUCGAUAUGACUUUACUCAUGGAUUUUCUAGAGGUCUCGAUGAAAACAAACGAUAUUUUGGUUUUAAAAGCCAUGAAUCAGCAUCCUUUGUUCCAUAUCCAAUUUUCAAACAAGGUGGAUGGUUGAGUAAUUUGAAUGAUUUUUCACAUUUAGUGUCCGAAGUUGUGAAAAAUGUCGAUCCAUCCAAACUUCGAUCCAGUACUGAGAGUUUACCAUUUCUAAUGACUGGAUUUGAGUAUUUGAAUGGUCAGAAAAUAGCAUUGGGAAAAUUAACACAAGUCGUCUUUGAAGAAUUGAAAAGCUCAAAAUUUGCCUUCCAGGAACAAACCAAAUGUGGACUAGUUGCCUCAGGAUUGACUACAGCCACCGUUAUUAACAUUGGAUAUGGUACUAAUUAUUCAAUUUCUUAUCAAGAUGGUCAAGCACAAACACAUGUAGAAAAUCAUGGUUUGAAUGGAAAUUAUUUGACUGAUGUUUUUGUCAAAAUUAUGACUGAUCGAGAACAAUAUGUCGAUACACGUUCCGAACGUAUUCGAGUCGUGAAAGCAAAGGAAGGUGCUUCUUUUGUUUCUUUAGAUUCAGAGAAUGAAAAUGUGCCUGCCAUCGAUUAUCAAUUGCCUGAUGGAAAAACAAUUCAUUUGGAGAAUGAGAGAUUUGAAGCGUUUGAAAGCUUGUUUGAUCCAACAAGAAAUAUUAUUAAUCCUUACAAGCCUAUUGAAGAAAAAUUUAUGUCUCUUCAAAAGAUGAUUUCUACCAGUGCACCAUCUGCACCAUCUAGUAAAAAAGCCAUGAUUGAGAAUAUUCUCUUGAUGGGAGGUGUAUGUUGUGUAGAGAAUUUACAAAAGAGACUCUUUAUGGAAUUGGAUAAAGAAUUCAACGACGAUACCAUGAAUUGGAAUAUCAAACAGCCAAGAGAUGUUAAUUUAGCAUAUAAGGGUCUUUCCAUGCUUGCUUCUCUUUCAUCCUUUGAAUCUUGUUACAUUACUCGUCAAGAAUAUGAAGAGAGUGGAGAAGGUGUUUAUGUCAGACGUUUCCCUCGUAUCAAAGUGGUUCAGAAUGAAGAAGUGGAAGAGAAGAGACGAAUUCAAGAGGAGAUUUAUGAAAGAAAUGAGGCAUUGAAAACAAAAGAAGAAGCUGAACAAGAAGAAGAAGCAAAACACCAACCACCAAAAGAAUCAUCAGCAAGCGAACCAUUGUCAGCAGGAACUACCUCAACAGCCAGCACAAAAACAGCAACUGCUGUGGAGAAACAGAACCCACCUCAAGAGAAAAAACCUGUUGCCCUCGACUUUGAUGCUCAAAUGGAGCAAUUAAAGAAGCUCAAAGAGUUAUUGGAUUGUGGAAUUCUAACCCAAGAAGAAUUCAAUGAAAAGAAAAAGAAGAUUCUUGGACUAUAA